AAGUUUUAAUUAGCUGAAAGUUCACAUGAAUAUUUAGGUUUUUGAUUUAAAAAUAUUUACAGUACUUUAUGAUUCAGUACUUUAACUUGGUUUAGUGUUAUGGCUUGAAAAGUAAAUGACAAAUGUAUAUCUGUAAAAUUGUUUUUUGCCCUUGGAAAAUUAGUAACCAGGUAAACUGUAUGAACAUGACAAGUCCUGACCAGGUGAUUCACACAAGAGGGGCAAUAAAUGAAACAGAAAGACUACAUUGUACACUUGCUUGCUGCUUACUUACAUUGUGGUUUUUGGGGGAUAUUUUAGUCUCAUUCAUGCUGGUCUUUUUUUCUUCUGAAUCAAGUGUGAGUUACACACUGGAGGAGUGUGCAUCUACAGCUUAGUGACACAUCAACUUUGCUAAAAACCCCCUUUGAGGAACGAAGCCAGUGUGACUCAAACUCAUGGAGGCCGGUGGAAAUUAUUAUUCACAUACAAGCCACUGCUGGCUGUGGAAAUGAGUAUUGUAUUGCACAGCUUCCUACACAUCAACUGAAACAGACAUUGUCCUUAAAUAUGCUUCUUUUUCUGGCAGCAUGACUGAUAAUCACCUGGCAGCUGGUGGUUUCACUGCAUGCAGGGUGAGAACAAGCCUUUGAUUACAUUUCAUGAAACUGAGAGGAAAGGUUGUAAGAUGAAUGACUUUAAAAGUGGCAAAGCAGACUGACUUCUUUAUGAUUUGUUAUCACAUAUGAACACAUCAGUCCCACCCCGUUGGAAGAUAACAUAUGUGACAUACCUCUUUAUUUUCACAUGCUUUUGGUGACCACUGUCAGUGUCUGGUGACUUCUGUGCUUGAUGUUAUCUUAGAUACAUGCUCUUUUUUUCUCUUUUGAGGCCUUAGCUUAAUAGUAGUCUCUUUUCACAACCCUUCAUCGCCUUAUGUGUUGUUAGACACGAAACACAACUUAGAAAUCUAUCAAUACACGAAAACAUACUUGAGUAACAGCUGCCCUGAGAAUACAGAAAAAUGUAAAUGCAGAUAUGUCAGUCGUCAUUUUUAUGAUGAAUCCUCGAGAGGCUUGGUUUCACCUUACCCUACGUCACUCCAUGCCUCCAUGUGACACAACAGGAAUGCAGGAAGUUUUGUUUCUAAAAACCUUAAGUGAUGAUGGUUAACAUUUUUUAAAAAUCAUUCUUCAUGCUGCCUAUUGGACUGAACUAUCAUUUCGAUGAUCAGCUUGUGCUACAGAAGGAGAAGAGACUGCAAACCUUUGACAGAUAACAAACUUCCAUACGAGUAAGACAUGAGAGACCGGCUGAGGCACCUCCAUCAGGUGCAGACGGACUCUGAGGGUUUCAGCACAGUGGAGCUGGACAGUUUGUCAGAGUGUGAGGCUGCAACAGCAUCACGUCCUGACCAGGACCUGGAUGGUGUCCUGCAGGAGGCCCAACAGAUACGUCUGGAAAUCCAGCAGAUCCAGAACGACAUCAGUGAGCUGAAAGAUGUGAACUACCAAGCCUUAAACAAGACCUCAUACCCCACUGCGGCAAAGCGGGACUCCAGUGCAAUCGGGGCGGAUAUUAAACGCAGAGGAGAAGCUGUGCUGCAGCGACUGCACAUGAUGAGAGCUGUCAGAGGGGAACUCGAGGCCCAGCAUGGCAGCUCUGACCCAACGACACGCAUUGCUCAAACACAGUACCAGUGUCUUAGCAAUGCUCUGCGGGAGGUGAUGUUCAGCUACAAUGACUCCGAGAUGAGCCACAGGGAGGCGUGUAAACAGCAGAUCCAGAGGCAGAUGGAGGUGGUGGGCAGGGAGGUCAGCAGGGAGGAGCUGGAGGAGAUAAUGGAGAGCGGGGAGUUGAACGUGUUCAGCGUCCAGGUGGAGGGCAAAACCGCUCGCUCGGCUUUCCUACAGAUCGAGAGCCGACACAAGGAACUGCUGGAGCUGGAGAAGAGGAUAGAGGGGAUCCAGGAGCUGUUUCUGGAUGUGGCUAUGCUCACAGAGGAGCAAGGGGCAGCCGUUGACAGCAUCCAGAAAAAUGUCCAAAAUACUGAAGUGAUCAUUCAGGAUGCCAGGGUCCAGCUGGAUAAAGCCAUUGUACUGGAUAAAAAGAACCCUUUCAAGAAGUUGUUUUGUUGCUGCUUUCCAUGUUACAGUUAGGUCUGAUGAGGGCCAUUGGUUUUGGAUCCAGCCCACUGGUCCAUGUGGGAGAAGCUGCACUACAAAAUAAAUGAACAACCUUUUAAGACAUUGUUUUUAAUCAUCAGUCUCUUAAAAAAAAUCUGUUUUGAUAUUGACAAAACAAUCUCACCACAAGGUCCAUUUAGUAGCAGUUCUGGAGCUUUCAAUCAUUGUAAAAUAUUGUGAGACUCUAGCUGAAUUGCUCUGGUUCCAGGGCGAGGAUAAACGUCUGACAGUUUAUGGAAAGGUUUGAACAUUGAUAAUGAUGGGGUGAAGUUAGACAUACGUGUCAUGUGAGUUACUGACAAAAAAUAGAAUCAACGUAAUAUGGCUCAACUCAAUAACAUUUAGCAAGACUAAAUACUAUUAGCAAACAUCCAUACCAAUAAAUAGCUAUAUUAUGUAGUAGGGAAUCAGGCAUACAGUUUCAAUCAUGUAAGAAAGAUUUUGUCUGCUGUUUCCAAGGUCAAGAAUGAACUUUGAAUCUUUAAGCCAACAAGGAUGAGAAGUCCUUGAAGUGCUAAACAAAAUGUAAAUUUGAACAUCUACAGUUCCAACUGAGACUCCAUCUGCUGGUGAAGGUCAUGUGAUGUAUGAUCGAAAGCCAGUGGUGGACAUUCAGUACAUUCACUCAAAUACUGUACUUAUGUACAAAUUUGAGAUACUUGGAGUAUUUCCUUUCAUGCUACUUUAUACUUCUCCUUUACAAUUCAGAGGGAAAUAUUGUACUUUUUACUCCAGUACAAUUAUAUAACAUUUUAAGUUACUAGUUAUUUUGCAGUUUA